UUAGAGGCCUAAGUGGAGAAUUUGGUUUCAUAAAUGGACAACUUGACUCCUCUGUUUUCCAGAUUAUUAAUAAAUGUAACGGAGUAUUCCACUUCCAAAUCAAAUCUUGGAACAAUCAUAUGGCCGGGGGAUUCACAGGUCGUUCCAAAAGGCUGGGAGAUUCCGACGAACGGAAAGAGGUUGAAGAUUGGAGUUCCGGUGAAGAAUGGAUUCAACGAAUUCGUCAAAGUACCACCUGGUACAAUCCCCAAUUCAAUAGUCACCCCCUUCGGUUAUUGCAUAGAUGUCUUCAAUGCUGUCAUGGAGGCAAUGCCAUAUGCAGUCUCCUAUGAUUUCUAUGCAUUUGAAAAGCCCGACGGCGAGAUGGCCGGCGAUUACAAUGAACUAAUCAAUCAAGUCUUCUAUGGGGUAAGUCCUUUUGAAUUUGCAUUAGCUUUCACUCUGUUAAUCAUUAGGCCUAGUGUUGCUUUCUUAAUUAACAACACUAUCCUUGCUGAACAGAACUACGACGCGGUUGUCGGAGACGUCUGUAUUGUGGCAAACAGGUCAUCUUACGUUGACUUCACGUUACCAUUCACCGAGUCUGGAGUGGUGAUGGUGGUGCCUAUUAGAAGAGACCUGAACAAGAACGCAUGGGUGUUCUUGAAGCCUUUGACAUGGGACCUCUGGAUCACUAGUGGUUGCUUCUUCGUCUUCAUCGGAUUCAUCAUCUGGGUUCUUGAACAUAGAGUCAAUGAAGAUUUCCGCGGACCGCCUUCGAAUCACAUUGGAACCAGCUACUGGUUCUCCUUCUCCACGAUGACUUUCUCACAACGGGAGAGGGUAGUGAGCAAUCUAGCAAGGUUUGUGGUGGUGAUAUGGUGCUUUGUGGUCCUCAUUCUCACGCAGAGUUACACGGCCAGCUUAGCUUCUCUUUUGACAGUUCAACAGUUGCAGCCAACGGUGACCGACAUAAAUGAGCUGUUAAGGAAAAAGGAGAAUGUUGGGUACCACGAUGGCUCCUUUGUCCAGGGAAUCAUUCAGAGGUUGGGAUUCGAUCCAUCCAAUAUGAAGAACUUUAAUUCAACUGAUGAUCUCAAUGAACUUUUCACCAAGGGAAGUGCAAACGGCGGUAUUGCAGCUGCUUUUGAUGAAAUUCCCUACAUGAAGCUGUUUCUUGCAAAAUAUUGCAAUUACACCACCUUGGAACCAACUUUUAAGACUGAUGGCUUUGGAUUUGUCUUUCCAAAAGGUUCUCCUCUUGUAGCGGAUGUUUCGAGGGCAGUCUUAACUGUCAUAGAAGACACAAGCUGCUCGACUCAGGCAUUUGAUGCAGCUUCCCAGUUUCCAGUUUCUUCAAAAGAACAAAUCAGUCUUGUUGCUUUAAGGCCAUCCAUUACUGGCAUGCAAACAUCUUGCAAAAUUCAUGUGGAACAUGGUUACCAGAAUGUUAUAGUUCUACCAUUCCUCUAAAAUUAACAAAGCUUUUAGGACCACAAUUGAUGUAAGAUAAGUGUAUUCAUGUUCUCUAAAUUUGAAGAUAGCCUCUCUCUGCAUUAAGGCUUAUUAUGUUAAGGGUGUGAUGGGUAGAU